AUGGACAUUUUUCCGGCGGAUAUUGAAGAUGGUGGCUACGGCCAAGCUCUUCCGACAGAAGAAAGUGACAAAGACGACGACGGAGGAGAUUUGUGCCGGAUUUGCCGAUCACCGGAAGGACCAGACGAUCCGUUGAGGUAUCCUUGCGCGUGUAGAGGAUCCAUAAAGUACGUUCACCAGGAAUGUCUCCGUCUCUGGCUCAACCGCCGUGGAAACAAACAGUGCGAGAUAUGUAGGCGUAGCUACUCGUUCGUCCCUGUUUACUCUGAGAACGCACCAGAGAGGCUUCCGUGGCAUGAGUUUCUCAGAGGACUAUCACGAAGGUCACUGCGUGUCGCUGCUUACGUUUUUGUGAGUCUCUUCAACGCGUUUUGCUUUUCCUUGCAUCCUUGGGGUCGAAGGAUGGCGAUUGAGAACCAGAGAGUUUUCCAAGUUUCUGAGAUGUUCGCUUUUCUCUUGGCUGGCUCCUUCUACAAUGCUAUGAUUGCGUAUCUUUGGAUCAUGAUGGUGGUUCUAAGGCCUCUUCUUAAAGAUAUCUUAAGGCUUCUCCGUGAGAUUUAUGGAGGAAUUCUUGUUGUAUUUGCCAUCAGUUUUUGGGUCUCGUUCUUCUUCGUCCUUCUUCCACUUGUGAUGGGGAGACUUGUCGUCGGACUGCUACUUCUUAUCCAACGUACGGGAGUAGCUACGCAGCUUCUUUCAGGAGACCCACUUGCACAAGAACCGGUCUUUCUUGGGUAUUUGACUAUGCUUUCACUAUCCUUGGCUUAUCUUGGAAGAAGCUUCGCUACUCUGAGUCGAGACACAGUUCAAGCCAUAGCCAAGAGAUUAUCAACGGGGUUUAUCAGGAUAGCAAUGACACUCCCUUACUUCAUAUGGAUUCGUUCAGCAAAAAUGUGGAAAAAUCUUUAUAUGGUUAACGAUGGCUUGGUCUUAUGUUUGAAGUUUGGGGCUUUCCCUAUGGUCCUUGGCUGCUGGUUCGAUUUUUGCACACUCCCUGUACUUGGAACCACGGUUUCAGAGAGGCUUGAGUUCUUUUCGGAAUUUCCCCUCGUGGUGAUGCUACAUUGGUCGUUUGGACUACUUUGCUUGCAAGGGGUUUUCAUUUCAAUGGAGCUUAUCCAAAAGAUCUUGCAGAAACGACCAUUUUGGUUUCUACUAGAUGUUACUGAUCCAACCUACAAGACCACUAAACUGCACCUUGGCCAAUAUCUCUUUGCACUGGCUUUCAAUGGAUCAUUGGUGGUGAUUUUGGUUCACUUACCAAUAUUGACUAUCACUUUCAUCAGCCCCUCCUUUUUCCCGAUCCAACUCUGGUUCUAUGAUGAAAGCUUUAAGCUUCUCCCAAUGGUUGCUUAUAUAGCGUUUGCGAGAUCAGGACCAAUGGAGUGGUUAGUCAAGAUUAUUCAACCAGCUAUUGAACCCAUAGUUCACAAGUGGAUACUUACUGUCAGUUCCUGGCUCCAGUUGAGCGACUUCUUUCUUGAAACCCAUGCAAACCAGAAUGUGAGACCGUUGUUUCAACCAGAGCUGGAGGCUCGUGGUAGUUGGUCUCAUGUGUAUUCCAUAGGUGAAGGCUCUCUAGUAAGAUUCUAUGGAUCUCAGAACGAUACCACUUGUGAAGACGAUACUGACGAAGAUAGUUGCAGGUUUAUACUACUGAGGAUCGGAUUGAUGUUGGUUCUAGCUGCUUUGAGCCUGUGUCUCAUUAGUACAAUCUCCAUGGCUUUGCCAAUUCUGGUGGGAAGGACUUUCUUCCACUGUAUCUCAUUCAUCAUGAUAAAGUUCGGAAUCAUAAAGGACGAUGUUUAUGGAUUCUGGAUUGGAUGCUAUAUCCUGCGAAAAAUCUACAUCGGGACUUCCUUCAUAUUAAAUCAUAUCAGGAUUAGAAGAACCGAUUUGCUUCUCAACCUUGCUCUGCUGUGGAUGCGGAACGCCUUACUGUUCUCCAUCUGGGUCUCCUUCAUACCAACAUUGCUUGGUCUCCUUAUCGAUCUUAUGAUCAUCAUCCCAUUACAAGUGCCGCUAAGCCAACCCCCAGUUUAUUCAUUGCUCCGAGAUUGGUUGAUCGGACUAGUUCUUCUUCACAUCUGGACCUAUCUAACUAUGUUCACGCGUGUCAACUGUUUCGCAACUGCGGCCUGGCGGGAGAAGCUCAAGAGAAUCAGGAGUGUCGGAAUCAACAGGCUUCCAGUGAAGUGGCUGCUUGGAAAAGUCAUUUGUCCGAUCAUAAAUACUCUUCUAACCACUCUAGCACUACCUUUCUUGGUGGCCCACUCUCUAUUCCCAUUGCUUCAGUUUUCUGGUGCAGUCAACUUAGCCGUGCAGAGGCUCAUAUGGCCGGUGUUAUUAGCCAUCAUCAUCCUAGGGUUCGCAGCCAAGCUCACCCUCAAACUGAUCCAUUACAUUCACAGUCUUGAAUACGAUGAUCGAUAUAUGGUGGGAGACAGAGUGGCUGACUUCGUAUGA